UUCCAGUACAAUUUAACUAACAUUGAGGGACUUCCUUGCAUGCGAUGGAUGUGCCAGUACGCUUUUACAUCCUGAGAUAGUCAUGCAGUAGGUAUAUUUUCUGUACGUAAGUUCUAUUUUGGAAGAUGAAUAUACAGCAAGUUGUGCAGCGUAGAUCUACUUAUGGAUAUUGAAAGAGAUACAGCAUCUAGGUUUGAUACUAAGUUUCAGACUGGGAAAAUAUAUUCUAGCAGAACAAAUUUGUGUAAAGAGGGACUUGAAUCACGUUCUGGUGAUCGUCUAGCAUACGUAACUACAUGCCUCAUUGGACAACAAGUUGAAGUUCGGGUGCAGGAUGGAUCCGUUAUUUCUGGAUUAUUUCAUGCGACAAAUGCAGAGGAUUUUGGAAUUGUUCUGAAAAAGGCUCAUGGAAUUAAGAUGGUUCUUGAGGACAGAAAAGUGUUUCAGAUUGUCCUAGCAAGCCCCCUGCAAGGACUUUUACUGUAGCUGCUAAGGAUCUUGUGCAAGUGAUAGCAAAGGAAGUGUCAAUGUCAGCGGACAGUCUAACAAAUGAGCUCCAGAAUGAAAGGCAGAAAGAGCUUAUGACAGAUUCCUGCAUAUCACAAUCUCAGCACGUAAAGGUGGGGGAAGAUUUGGAACCUUGGGUCCCUGAUGAAAAUGAUCCUGGUUGUCCGGAAUUGGAAAACAUAUUUGAUAACCCUUGGAAUAGAGGCUGGGAUCAGUUUGAAACGAAUGCUACUUUAUUUGGAGUUGAGAGCACCUUGAAUGAGGAACUUUACACAGCAAAUCUUGAGAGUGGCCCUCAGACGAGAGAGUUGGAAAUGGAAGCUACACAUUUAGCUAGAGAGAUUGAGGGUGAAGACACCCUUGAUCUUCAUUUAUUUGAGGAGAAAGUUAAUCAAUCCGGUGAAAAUCUUGAAAUCGAUGAAGAAACUCAGUUCUCCUCAGUCUCCCGGAAAGUCGAUGACAAUGGUUGUGGCGAGAUUGAGAACAUUUUGCUGGAUUCUCAAAAUGGGGAAACGUUUGGAGAUAUCUCCAGUACUGUUAUUGGCAGAUCUCCAAUAGACACGAUUGUGGGGAAAAACAUUGAUGGAACUCAAGCAUUAUCUAGAUCUUCAGUGACGGAAAUGAUUGCGUCCUUGAUUCCUGACACAAGUGAUGACAGUGUUCUCCUAUCUGAAGUGGCCGAGAGUAAAAACUCGAAUUCUCGCCUCGGUAUUGGUGUGAAGCCCAAUUUUGCGCUUUUGAAUGGGGAAAUAGACCUGGACAAUCUGUCGGUUAAAGUUCUUCAGGAAACUUUUAAGGCAACCUUCGGAAGAGAAACUUCUGUGAAGGACAAAAUGUGGCUCAAAAGGAGGAUCAUCAUGGGUUUGACUAAUUCUUGUGAUUUCUCAACCACAAAUCUUCUACUUAUUGACAAUAGAGUGGUAAAGAAGGGUAAAGAGGAAACUCGUAAAAAUACAGAUUGCUCUGUUUCAGUUGAUUUUGCUGUUACAUCUGAGGUGGAGAGCCGUGAAAGACAUACUUGCACUAAUAAACAAAAUGGGACCAGCACAGUUGCCAAUGGGAUGCAAACACAAAGUUAUUUUCAAGAAAAUUGUGAAAGUAAAGAUGCUUAUCCCGAACUAAGACCUGCGAAAAGAGUUCGUAAGCCUACGAAACGAUUUAUUGAGGAAUUUUCUGAAGAAGAAUGCAGGGAUUCUGGUGCCAAAAUAGUAUCAUUGGUUAAACAUAAUAGUAAGCCGUCAGCAUAUGUUUGUGAGAGACCUGUUCAUGAUUUUGGACCGAGUAGUAGAUGUCUUCUCAGGGAAGAUUCACUUGGAGGUUCUGGAAUUCAGGUCCCAUAUGUUUCGCGGAUUAGGCGGAGUCGUCCAAGAGAAAAUUUUAUGCCCCUCUUGUUAUUGAUGAAGACGUGUGAUAUUGUGCUGGUAAGCUUGUUGGAUGGUGGUAAUUUACGCGCUUGCAGCUGUGAUAUUCAGAAAUUUCAGUCUGGUGGUUUUGAAAUAUCUACUAGCCUAGAGAAGAAUGGUGUUUCAUCAUGCAAAGAACUUGAAAAUGAAAGCGAGAAUGAAGUACUCAAAAGCGGCAUGUCUCAUAAAUAUUCUCAAGAGCCUGUAAGAGCUUUUGUUAUUUUCUCUAUGUUGUUUGUUCAGGUCUUUGCAUCUUCAGAAAAACGCAAGUUUUACAUGGAGAAGAAAACAAUUCAGCUUAAACGGGACAGUCAACGCAAAAAAAUGAGGUCAUAUAAGACUAGUUCAGACGAUGAAGUAGUUACUGUUCCUACUGCAAACGGAGGAAUAAGGAGGAAACAUCAUCGGCCUUGGUCUCUUAGUGAAGUUGUUAAGCUGGUUGAAGGAGUUGCCAAAUAUGGUGCUGGUAGAUGGUCUGAGAUCAAACGUGUUGCCUUCUCGUCAUAUUCUUACCGGACUUCUGUUGACUUGAAGGACAAAUGGAGGAAUCUACUAAAGGCUAGCCUUGCCGAAUCGCCAACUGGAAAUGGGAUCCCGAGUGCUCGAAAACAAGCUUCGCUUCCAAUACCUGCUCCAAUUCUGUCCCGUGUGAGAGAACUUGCUGAUACGCAAACACAUGUCACACCCAUCCUUAGCUCGGGCAGUUAACGUUGAUCUCUUGUUUCAAUAAUGCUAUGCACAAAAGGAGUUGAGGUUUUUGUGAACUUUGAAUGUACAUAAAAUUUUUCUUCUUUUUUAUUUUUUAUUUUUUAAUGUGACUAAUGAAACUUUGAUGGGGAUGCAAAGGAAAAAAACUAACUACUACAUUGCCGAUGUUGGUACGUUGCAAUGUUGUUCAGUUUGAUAAACGAGUUUACUUUUUGUUAUUUUUGAUACCGUCUGAUUAUAUACAGAGACUCUUGGACAUAUGGUGGUGGCAUGUCUGUAGUCUUCGACUCUUCUUUAUAUGGCAUCGUGGUAG